GGAGGCGGGGGAGGCGAGGCCCCCGGGACCGCGAGCGGCAGCUGGGGAGGGGGCCGCGGAGCCGGAGCGCGAGCAAAACAGCUGAUCUGAUUUUCCUUUAAAGCGAAAGAAAAUGGAAGUCGGGUAGCGGCGACUGCGGCGCUGCGGGCUGGCGGAGCGGAGCAGCGCGGCAGAGUUCUCAGUGGCUGUGAUCUCACACCUUCUACUGGGGCAACAUGGGCCAUUUCCAGCAGGGACAGUGCAGUGUCGGCCCAGACGCCUGACUGCCACACGCCUCCAGAGAAUUGCAGUGUCUGAAAGGUGGAAGUGACGGAAGACGCGACUGUCCCAGUGCGUGGAGGGGAGGAAGAAGGCAGUUUCUUAAUUGGUGCCACACACAUCAGGUGGAUGGUUUCUAGCCUGCUUCCCAACCCCACCUCGGCUGAGUGCUGGGCAGCCCUUCUACAUGAUCAUAUGACUCUUGAUAUGGACGCAGUCCUGUCAGACUUUGUUCGGUCCACGGGGGCAGAACCUGGUCUGGCCAGAGACCUGCUGGAAGGCAAAAACUGGGACCUGACAGCCGCCCUGAGUGACUAUGAGCAACUCCGACAGGUGCACACAGCCAACCUGCCACAUGUGUUCAACGAAGGCAGAUGUCCCAAGCAGCCAGAGCGAGAGCCGCCCCAGCCUGGACAGAAGGCGGAGCGGUCCUGCCUGCAGAGGCAGGACGACAUUGCCCAAGAAAAGCGUCUUUCCCGGGGGAUCUCCCACGCCAGCUCUGCCAUUGUCUCCCUGGCACGUUCGCACGUGGCGAGUGACUGCAGCACCGAGCAGUUCCCCCUGGAGAUGCCCAUCUACACGUUCCAGUUGCCGGAUCUGAGCGUGUACAGUGAGGACUUCAGGAGCUUCAUUGAGCGGGACCUGAUCGAGCAGGCGACCAUGGUGGCCUUGGAGCAGGCAGGUCGCCUCAACUGGUGGUCCACUGUGUGCACGAGCUGUAAACGGCUUCUUCCUUUGGCCACGACGGGGGAUGGGAACUGUCUUUUACAUGCUGCCUCACUGGGAAUGUGGGGUUUUCAUGACCGAGACCUGGUGCUGCGGAAAGCGCUCUACACCAUGAUGAGGACAGGGGCUGAGAGAGAAGCCCUGAAGCGGCGGUGGCGGUGGCAGCAGACACAGCAGAACAAGGAGUCAGGGCUGCUGUACACCGAGGAAGAGUGGGAGCGAGAAUGGACGGAGCUGCUGAAGUUGGCGUCCAGCGAGCCGCGAACGCACUUCAGCAAGAACAGCGGCUCGGGCGGGGGCGUGGACAACGCCGAGGACCCCGUGUACGAGAGCCUGGAAGAGUUCCACGUUUUCGUCUUGGCCCAUAUAUUAAGGAGGCCGAUCGUUGUCGUAGCAGAUACGAUGCUGAGGGACUCAGGUGGAGAAGCAUUCGCCCCAAUCCCGUUCGGAGGGAUUUACCUGCCCUUGGAGGUGCCUCCCAACAGGUGCCACUGCUCGCCUCUGGUUCUCGCCUACGAUCAAGCGCAUUUCUCUGCCCUGGUGUCCAUGGAGCAGAGAGAUCAGCAAAGAGAACAAGCCGUGAUCCCCCUGACGGAUUCGGAGCACAAGCUGCUGCCUCUGCACUUUGCAGUGGACCCCGGCAAGGAUUGGGAGUGGGGGAAAGACGACAACGACAACGCCCGGCUAGCCCACCUGAUCCUGUCGCUGGAAGCCAAGCUGAACCUCCUGCACAGCUACAUGAAUGUGACGUGGAUCCGUAUCCCUUCCGAGACCCGGGCCCCUCUGGCACAGCCGGAAUCUCCCACGGCCUCCGUGGGAGAGGAUGUGCAGUCCCUGGCCGACUCCCUGGACUCGGACCGCGACUCGGUGUGCAGCAACUCCAACAGCAAUAACGGCAAAAACGGCAAGGACAAAGACAAGGAGAAGCAGCGCAAAGAGAAGGACAAGACCCGCGCGGACUCCGUGGCCAACAAGCUGGGCAGCUUCAGCAAGACGCUGGGCAUCAAGCUGAAGAAGAACAUGGGCGGCCUGGGCGGCCUGGUGCACGGCAAGAUGGGCCGCGCCAACUCGGCCCACGGCAAGAACGGCGGCGACGCGCCCGAGCGCACCAAGGACAAGAAGGUCAAGUCGCGCAAGGGCAGCAAGGAGGAGUCGGGCGCGUCGGCGAGCACGUCGCCAUCGGAGAAGACCACGCCGUCCCCCACGGACAAGGCGGCGGGCACGUCGCCGGCCGAUAAGGGCGGCGGGCCGCGGGGCGACGCCUGGAAGUACAGCACGGACGUGAAGCUCAGCCUCAACAUCCUGCGCGCCGCCAUGCAGGGCGAGCGCAAGUUCAUCUUCGCCGGCCUGCUGCUCACCAGCCACCGGCACCAGUUCCACGAGGAGAUGGUCGGCUACUACCUGAGCAGCGCGCAGGAGCGCUUCAGCGCCGAGCAGGAGCAGCGGCGCCGCGACGCUGCCGCCGCCGCGCCGCCGGCGCGCCAGAGCGUCAUCCACGUGCAGGCGGCGGGCGCGCGGGACGAAGCGUGCGCGCCGGCCGUGGGCGCGCUGCGGCCGUGCGCCACGUACCCGCAGCAGAACCGCUCGCUGUGGUCGCAAAGCUACAGCCCGGCGCGCGCCGCCGCCCUGCGCACCGUCAACACGGUGGAGUCGCUGGCGCGCGCCGUGCCCGGAGCCCUGGCCGGCGCGGCCGAGCCCAAGUCGCAGACCUACACCAACGGCUUCGGCGCCGCGCGCGACGGCCUGGAGUUCGCCGACGCCGACGCGCCGGCCGCGCGCUCGAACGCUGAGUGCGGCCGAGGCGGGCCGGGCCCCGCGCAGCGGCGCUGCCAGCGCGAGAACUGCGCUUUCUACGGGCGCGCGGAGACCGAGCACUUGUGCUCCUACUGCUACCGCGAGGAGCUGCGGCGGCGACGCGAGGCGCGCGGGGCCCGGCCCUGAGCCAGCGCCCGUGCACGACUGCUCUCCAUCCUGUCGGUGUCUUUUCUACGUGCCCUGGUCACCCGGAAGGCCGGCGACCCCCGUGUCAGUGCCGUGUACAUGUUUGGUCAAAUGUUCCUACUGGUGCCUGAACCUACACUGACGCCACUCAGGUAGUAGACGGAUAGGAAACAAGUCAUACUGUCGGCAGUGGGUGUGCUAGCUAGCAUCUGCCUCGUACCGUGGAAACUCAUAGCCAUUGCGAGAGUAUUUUUGUUCCGAAAUAAAGAGAUUUGCAGCCCUUUGUUUUUAGAAGGGAGUGUUUUACAUGCCUUUUUUUUUUUUUUGCUUUUUUUCCCCCCUCUUUAAUUCAGCCACUGACCUCUUCCAGCAGCGGUCACGUGCGUGCGCUCAGUGCCACCUGGGGGUGAGAAGCAAAGGCUGCCAGGGACUGUGGGGGCGGCUCCAGCGGCUUCCCUUCCCAGGUCCCUGCAGGAGAGGAGACACUUGGCCGCCAGCUGACGCUCCGGUGGUCACGGUGGCCCUUUAGGAAUACACACGGCUCCAUCAUAAGCAAAACCAACUCCCACAGCCCCCACCCCCACCCCCGCUCCCCGGGCUCGAGCAACGUUCACACUGCCAUCCAACCGCGGGCGUCCGUAGGAUGGGCACCGGACAAGCUACCUCGCAGGGCACGGUGAGGGGUAGUGGUCGCUCCUGGUGCCCGGCAGCUCAGGUGACAGGAGCUUUCUAAACACACCUUGGGUCCAAAAAGCAAGGUCUGAACCCAUGAUUCGGAGUUGCCCAUAUAUGAGCAAAGAUGCCAGCCUGCUCACUUUUCUCCUUUGAAGACACUUGCACAGUGGACUGUCGCCAGAGGGCCCCUAGGAAGUGACCAUCGGUGCCCCAGGAGAGAAACUGACCCUUUUUGGUGACUGUGUAAGCCCCCACUAGGCUGCUUUGAAAUGCGGCUGCGCCUCUUUCCAAAGGAAAGGGGCCGGGGAAAGCCAGGAAGAAAGCCCACCCCACCCCACCCGCAUCUGUCUGGGUUCAGCCAGGUACAGGGUCACCAUUCCCAUUGGGGUCCCCUCCGUAGGGCAGGGAUCUCCUUGCCUGUGGCUCCAUAACACAGUGAGGGGGCAGCCCCGUCCCUGAGCGGUCCCUUUUUUGGUGCCUCCUACAUUUCUUGAGGAAAAAUUUAAAAUGUGUCCUUAGCUACCCUGUUUUGUGCAGCAAUAUGCAACCUCUUCCUUCCAAGAUUACCUCUGGAGAUCACAUUCUGGGCCAAGGACACUAAGUUAAACCUGCCUCACGAGAGCUCCUUUCCAAGAAAUACCGCUACGAUGGGGAAAAUCCUUGCCAGGAAAAGAAUACUCAAAAAUCCGUGGGAACCUUAGGAGCGCCUGUAACAAGCCUAAGAAAGGAGAAAGCACCCAGCUUUGCUGUAAUAACCUCAGGAAGUGCAGGAAGCAGACCAUCUUUCAUUGGAGCCAGCCUGUCCUCUACAAGGGAUGCUUCACCCUUAUCCCACCAGACACAAGGAGCAGCAAAAAAAAAAAAAAAGGAAUUUUUUUUUACUUGUUUGAAGAAUUAUAAUAAACUAAUUUGAGUAUCUCCUGUAAUUUCCUUUUCGUUUUUAAUUAUUUCACAGCCUGUGGAGUUUUCAGUAACUUAUUCACGUUUUGCAUAAAUGGUUCCUUAACAUUAAUCAAAAUUCUUUAUGAAAUAGAAUCUUUAAGAAAUUUUUUGAAAGCUUUCCUAUUCAUGCUGAACAAUACUUUCCAUGUGUGGUAAUUACAUCACAUCCCUGAUAUUACUGGGGUUUCUUUGUUACUCAGAGCAACAACAACAAAAAGGUUUUUUAAAAUCUCUCAUCGAGAGGGUUUGUGGCAGCUUUUUGGACUGACUCUUCAUGUCACACUUUAUCAUGCUGGGAGGUCACAGGAGGUGUUGCUUCACAUGUAGACACUGCUGUCACUCCUCAGUCUUAGGAGGCUGCGAUGGCCAACCUUGAAAUACUUAUUCUGAAACCAGUCUCGUGCGCACAAGAAGGAGGCAUAGAGUAAAUUCUUGCUGGUUUUUUUUAUUUUUUUAAUGUGAAAACAGCCAACCAGAAAAUUUCAAAAUGGGCUAUGCAAAUAUUGUGUCUUUCUCACGCCCUCUGCCUGGUUGGGAAAAAAAAAAAGGCAAACAAUAAAAAACUGUUGUAAUAAGAGAGGAAAACCUUCAAAACCAGGCAGUGUUUAGUCACAGAUAUUACCAACUAAUGGUGACCUCUCUAUAUCUCCUUGAAUUUCCAGUCACCUCUGCCCUACCCCCAUCUGACAGAUGUGCCACCAGUAACAGUCUGAGAUCCAGCCACUGGCCACCACGUGGGCUCCUCCCACAUGUGGCAGGUCCCCUGAUUUAGAGUGGCUCUGAGGCACCUGUGGGUGCUGCCCCAGCUGACAUACAAUUCAGUCACCUCGUUUACAAAUAGCCGUUUCCUUUUGCGAGAGGUCUGUGUCCAUCCUUCCUCUAAUUAGUAUAGAAAAGUGAGGGAGCCUGCUGUUAGAUUACGGUCACUGGUCCAGUGUGGCAUGAUCCCUGGUCAGGGAUCUGGACCAAAGUAGUUUCCAGGCUGGGUGGGAACUCAUAGAAACCGCUGUAUUGAUCACAUGUGGGCCAGGAGGUCCCCUAAUGCCUUUCUGUGACCUGGGGUCCUUUGUGGAGCAAGGACAGGGAGGUGGAUUAUGGGUACUGGAGAAAAGGAAAGCCAGUCCUAAUUGGAGAAAGGCUGUGAGCCUCACUUUCGCACUCGUCCCAGACACAGGCUGCCUCUGAGCAGCCUUUCUGCUUGAUCUGGCCAGACGUCCCUUUCCAGGAUGGUUGGACAUCUCCAAGGGACAGCAAGUUUCUAGAAGGAUCCCCGAUACUUCUAAACUCCAAUGGAGGUUAUUUCCAUAAUUUACUUCACAUUUCCCACACAUGCGUUACCUGGGUAUAUGAUUUUUUUAAAAUAAUACAUUGUUCAAGGAAGGUCUUUCUAAGUGUAUUGUGUCUGUAGAUUUUAUGCUAUGUUAUGUUGAAAUUUUACAAGCCACGUUUAAAUUGUACUAUAGAAUUUAUUUUUAUAUUAUUUCCAGACUAUGCCACAGAGCAAUAUUUUGUGCCCUUACAUUGUCACAGGGUUGUCCCCUUGGAAAAGUAACUGUGGGUGGGAAGGGGCCCCACUGUGGGGCCUUGGAGUCUAAAUGCUUUUUGCUAUUUGUUCAAACCCCCUAUGAAAGUGGGAACGUGUCAGUGUCUUUUCUCUUUCCGUGGAAAGCUUGAUUUUUUUUUUUGGUCGUUUGUGGAUAUUGGUACUGCGCCUUCCCUCUUCAAUGAAUAUAUCACGAA